UUAGCGCGGUUGCAAGUUGAAGCAACGCCGACGUCGUCGAGAUCGGCAGCAGGGAUGGACGAUGAGGCGUCAACAUCCAAGUCGGUUCGCAUGAAUGCUAGAAAAGAAGUCGACCAGCAUGAGGCAGCUGUUGCAGUCGAGUUUGCCAACAGCUCGAGGUGGAUCGACGCCGCAGAGUACGAACGUCUCGCUUCCAUCAUGGCGCGCGAAAAGGAGGACGAAUUCCGCAAGUCCCAACCAGCCUUGCAAUUGCACAAGCCCAAGACAAAAUCGUGGCACCCACCAGCAAGAGUUCCUCUCCAUAAACGCAAGCAGCCCGACUUGGCGAUUCCCGAAGCACUCAAAUCAGUUGCUGCUCCAGCUCCUCCACCGAAGCACAACUUUCCUUCUCCACUCACCCAGGGACAUCGAACCAUAAAGCUGCGCGAAAGCAUUCAAAUGCGUGAAAAACAGAGUUCGAUGGUGUCUCUGCGCCUGGCAAACAAAGAUCUGUACGCAACACUAGUGGAACGAUUCCGACACAACACAACAAUGGAGCCAGCAAGUCCUGUGAAGAGCAUCAUGGAUGUCAACAACGUCCACACGAUUGAGGACGCGAUCUUGUACUUUCUAUGCGAGAAGCAUCGGCGCAAUAUCUUGUACUUCCAGCUGGAGAAGCAAAAGCCGAACGAUUCUGUGUUCCGGCCGUAUGACCUUGUCCAUAUUCCACCGCUGACUCAAAACAACAAAGAAGAGCACUACGUCAUGGGGCCUACCAACAUGGUUCACUACAAGGCAAACGAGAACGUCGAGUGCAUACCUGUCGCCGAGUGGGUCUACCAUAGUCACAUGUUUGACCAUCUGCUCAAGGGCAUCCCGCUGUUCCAGCAACUCCUUCGUCGACGCAUGUUUGCCAGUUGGUGUUUGAAUGUCAAGUUGCGUCUCUAUCGCGAGACACGAAUGCAGCUUUGCCGAACUUUGCACUUUGCCCGCCCACACUUUCAGCAGGCGUUGCGCACUAUCCACGAUGUCAGCACAACCAUUCGAAGGAUAUGCGCGCUCGAUGUGACGUCGGACGCAACUUCCAAAGCCAUCACGCUCAACGAGUGGAACCACUUGCACGAAACAAAAGUUGGUGUCAUCGAGAGCCAACUCAACGAUGCCAAAGCGAUGGUGCAUGUUGCAUUGUACACGUUGGUGGAAUCGAUCCGCGACGACGGGUCACCUGAUCUACUCCUCGAACAGCUUGACAACGCCGAUAUGUACAAGAUGCGCCAAGCGUAUCCGCCUUGGAAGUCGAUUCCGAUAGUCGCUUUGAAGCAAUUUAAACAGGACAACAAAACCCUAGUCACCCAAGCGAAACGCGACUUGGUCUUGCUGCCGUCGCUGUUUCGGUUAUUGCAAUACGUUUUCACCGAAAGCUUGUACUUUAUGGUGCUGGCUUCAAUCAACCGAUUGCAUAUGCAGUUUUCAGCAGCGCAAGGAUGCUCCAUCACAGUCGCUGUGUCGUUUCUACUCCAAGAUGCGAAUGGAAUGGUGCUAGAGCCGUCGGAGGCAGACAUGCUGCAUCACUCAAUGGAAGCGCUGUCACGGCUCAUUGCGCUUUCCAACAGCUACUCGAGCGAAUAUCGACUGGUGGAGUACUUGACUCCACGCGAAAUCUCGGAUGCUGUGCCAGAUGGACACAUUGUGCCUGGCAUGAGGCUUGUGGAUCUGCUCAAGUUGGACUCAAAUUUUCAUACCAAAGUCCAGAAUAUCCGCAUGGCGAUCAAAGUUGCCUUUACGAAAGUUGCGACCCAAGUCAAAUCAUUUGAAAUGCUGCGACCGAUCUACGGAGCACUUCAAGACCCCUCGGAAGAGCUGCCCACCAUGGGCAACUUGUCAAAUUACAUGGUGAAUCUCCCAAAUUUGCUCAAGUCUAUUCACACAAAGAUUGGUCGCCUCGACGCGUGGCAGCACCAGUGCCAUAAGACUCAGGCGAGCUGGAACAUUGGAUUUCUCGAGAUACAUUGCCGACAUAUUAUUAGUGAACUGCUCGAACGGAUCAACAACCAAAGAAUUGUUGCCCACCAACUGCUGACCGAUUUGACGACACAAGGAAUUCUACAGUGUGUCACAUCAUUGAAGGACGCUAUCACAGUCAUGGACGAACGGCCGCAAACGACAGAGGCGUUUUGCGAACAACGGCGAUGCAUCCGCACGCUCUCUGACAACGAAAAGCAGCUCUUACAAGAAAUUCGAAUGGUGGAAGAAGCAUACAAAGCGCUUCGAACAAAUUGCCCUGCGGCAGCGUCAGAUUGCAUUGGGCAAUUCAACCUCAUACACGCUUUGCAAGCAAAAUACAACCUGAGCUUCCAAGCAAAUAUCAAAUUCAGCAAAAAGAUGCUACCUGUGAUCGGCCAGCAAGUGGCCCAGGCCCUCCAGAAAUUCACGGCGCAGUGCAAACGCAUUCUCAAUGCCCUCGAAGCCAACGCUACGGUGCGCAACACGCAGGUCUUUGCCACGGGCAAAGCGGACUUUGAAAGCAGAUUGAACCCACUCAAUGAAAUUAAAUCUGAACUCGACAGCAUAGCCGACGCAGCAGUGACAUACUACGACUACCAAAAGAUCAUGGGAAUUAAAGUGACACCCAUCAUCUUACUCGAGAGUGCUCGGGUCCUCUGGCUCGAAGUGCAUGACGUGUGGACUUUGUGUCAGCAGUGGCGCUUGACUCACGCAAUGAUGCAUGCUCACAAGUUUAUUGUUCAGUCUUGGCUAAAAAAUCAAGCCGCGACAAAGGAUUUUCUCGUUCGAUCGGAGAGCCUCAAAUGCCGGUUUGAAAACAAGAUAUUUUUUGCAAUCCAAGCCGAACUUCAUGCGUUCCUCAAGCAGUUGGACCUCGCCGUCGAAUUAGGCGCGCCGUACAUCAAACCACUCCACUGGGAACAAAUUUUCAAAGUACGGGGACUUUAUAUUGACCAACGAACUGAUUGAAAUUUCA